GUUGCUCAAAAUGGUAUGUUUCUCAGUGACAGACGGCGUUGACUCAGAGGCCAAGCCAUGCAAGGCCACCAUCUUUCCUUUUAUUUCCUAAGAUGCAGGGAGCCUGUCUCUGACCUCCGAGAUGCUGCCUGCAGAGUGGGGACCGGUGGAGGGUGCCUAAGUCGCCUUCUCAGCUAAGAGUAGCAAACUCCCUACACAGGCAGAGAGGAGGGCAUGGAGCCCCCCUCUCUCCAGGUGGCCAACCCCCACCUUUCCUGGACCUGGUGAUGUCGUCUCAGUUUCAGGCCAGGCCACUUGCGUUUCAAUCAGAGCAUCAUUGGCUGGAAAUACGUCUGUCUUCGUAAAGGUAACCCGGCCUCCUGGGUCAUCCAGAUGAUGUGGGAUGGAGGUGCCAGAACUCACCUGCCUUGCCUCACCUGCCAGGGACCAGCCAGCUCCUGCUCCCGGACCCUCAGGGACCCCCGGUGGACAGGCCCUGCCUCGCCUGACCCUGGGCCCUGUCAUUCUGCCGCCGGAGCAGGGCCUGGCCCCUGCCGUGUUCCUGAAGGCCCUGCCCAUCCCCCUGUACCACACAGUGCCUCCCGGGGGCCUCCAGCCGCGUGCCCCCCUAGUGACGGGCAGCGUGGAUGGGGGCGGCGUGCCUUUCAUUCUCAGUCCCGUGCUGCAGCCUGAAGGACCUGGCCCUUCCCGGGUCGGGAAGCCGGCAGCCCCCCUGCUCACCGUGAACAUCGUGGGUGCUCUGCCUGUCCUGUCACCGGGCCUGGCUGCCCCCCUGGGCAGUCCAGGGAAGGUGCGCAGCUCUGGCAAGCACCUUUGCCCACACUGUGGCCGGGACUGCCUGAAGCCCAGCGUCUUGGAGAAACACAUCCGGUCCCACACGGGGGAGAGGCCCUUCCCAUGUGCCAGCUGUGGCAUCGCUUUUAAGACGCAGAGCAACCUGUACAAGCACAGACGCACCCAGACGCAUCUCAACAACUCUCGGCUGCCCUCGGAGUCUGAUGGCACUGGGGGCAGCCUCCCGGAGGAGGGGGACAAGGCUGGGAAGACCUCCAGAGGCGCUGGCAAGGGCGACAGCUGGAGCCAGAGUGGGAGUGAUGGGGCCAGAUCAGAGAAACCCCUUUCUCCAGGCCGGCAGGGCACUGGGCACUGCCCGGAGCCCCCUGCCCAUGUGUGCCCGCUUGCCAAGAACCUGGACCUGAGGCUGGAGACUGUUCCCUGUCCAGGGUCUGCAUUCGCUGACAGGGAGGCCCCCCUGGACUCUACCUGGACGGCUUCCCCUGGGCUCCCCCAGGCCGGCCCGCAGCCCAGGCGUAAGCUGCCGGAGCAGAAGUCUCCGCCGGCCGGCAGGUCGUGCUCUCUGCAGCAGCAGCAGACGACGUCCUCGGAGAAGCCCUGGGAUGCCAAGGCGUUGGAGGGCCGGCUGAGAAAGUGCGAGAGCACCGACUCAGGCUACCUGUCCCGAUCAGACAGCGUGGAGCAGCCGCUGGCCCCCUGCAGCCCCCUGCACAGCCUGUCAGAGCACAGUGCUGAGUCCGAGGGGGAAGGGGUCCCGGGGCCUGGGGGCGCCAGGGCCGAGCCGGGAGGGCGGGGGGCCAGCCUGGAGCUGGAGAAGAGGCAGCUGGAGGAGCGGAUUGCCAGGCUCAUCUCACACAACCAGGCCGUGGUGGACGACCCCCAGCUAGACAACGUGCGGCCUCGUAAGACCAUCCUGUCCAAGCAGGGCAGCAUUGACCUCCCCAUGCCCUACACCUACAAGGACUCCUUCCACUUUGAGAUCCGGGCGCUGGAGCCCGGCCGGAGGAGGCGGGGGGCGCUCUGCUCCACCCGCUCAACCUGCACCCCCCCGGACAAGGCCCGGCCCCUGUUCUUUCACUCCGUCCCCACUCAGCUCUCCACCACCGUGGAGUGCAUUCCUGUCACCAGGAGCAACUCGCUGCCCUUCGUUGAGGACACCAGGAUGUGGCAGGAGCCCUCAGGCCCCCAGGACACCUGCCCCAGGAGGCAGAAGGCUCUGAGCCCCAGGCCCAUCCCUGCCCGACUGGUAGAUGUCCCCAGCUGUCACCCCCGGGCCCUGGUCAGACAGGCUGCAGUGGAGGACUUGCUGUGCCCCCCCAUCGGAGAUGCCGCCGCCCCUGCAGAGGACCUAGAGGGAAACAGAGCUGCUGUCGGGGGUGGUGCAGCCUGCAAGGGCAGAGCGGCCAGUAGGAAAUGCAGCCAGAGGAAGCUGAAGAUGUUUCCCCAGGAGAAGUGGCAAGUGUACGGGAAGGAGACGUUCAAGAGAAUCUACCAGAAGAUGAAAGCCGGCCACCGGGGAGGCAAGAAGGCGAGGGAGGCCAGAGUGGGCAGUGGGACAGAGCUGGACUGUCCUCUUCAGGAAGAGGCAGAUGGGUGCCAGGGCAGAGCCCCGUUGCAGGACGGGAGGACCCUUGUCUGUGGGGACACUUCUGUGGGGGCCAAGCCAGGGCCUUGGAGAAGUCCGCCAGCCAUGGAGACCUUGGUGACUGAGCCUCCCAACCAGGGGGAGACGGUGGCCAGAGCAGGAGGCAGUGACCAGCCCAGGGUGAACAGGGCUGUGUCACCCCCAACCAUAAACUGCAGAGAACCCCUCUUUUUGGGCAGUGAGAGCCCUUUGCUUCCUCCAAACGGGAGGCUGGAAUUGGGGUGUCAGCUGUCCCCAGUACCUGGUCCCCUCAAAGGAAAGGACCUAGAGGCUCCCAGGCCAGUUUUGCCAGACCCCAAGCUGGACGGAGGAGGCGCCUGCGGUGGUGGGGGUAUGAAGGACACCUGUCAGCGGGUCCAAACCGUCCUGAGACGGCCCAGCGGCAGCUCUGGGGAGCCCCAGCCCAAGGAGGACAAGCUCCCCUCAGAGAGGAAGAAGCUGAGGGUGGAGGAGCUGAGCUGCCAGGAGCAGCUGGGGCCUCUGGGAGAGGGAGGUGAGCCCCCAGGGGGCCCCGAGCAGGCCGCCUCCCCACUAUCUUGGAACCAGGACAGUGACGCUGGGGACAAGCCAGGGGGGCUGCACGGGAGUGCUGACGGCAUGGCGACAGCCAGGGACAGGCCUGCGGAGGGCUCUGGCGCUUCUUCCGCUGCUUCUUCCGUGUCCCUGAGGCCAGUGGGGCCGAGGGACAAGGAGCUCACACUGUGUCCUACAGCCGUAGUCCCCGGAUGCCACGCCCAGCUGGCAACCCCGCCUCGGGCGCCCAGCGUCCUCGCCGCCACGUCAGACACUGCCUUCCCCCCCAAGUACCUCCUCAAGUUACCUCAGGGAGAAACCCACCUCCUACGACCUGGCGCCCAGGGUCCAGGCCAAGGCCAGGACCCUCUCUGCGGGAGCGGGCAGCCCGAGAAACUGGCCUCUUUUGUUGGGUCAGGGCUGGGGACCCUCCUGCCUCCGGGCCCAGCCUCAGGCCUGGCCCCAGGUAGAGCAGACAGCUACGGGGAGGACCCCAGCUGGUCCAAGCUGUGGGACAGGAGAAAGGGGGUGCAAGGAGAUGAGAAAAGAGACUUGGACACCAGCACCCCAGCAGCUGGGGUGUCUCUGGGCUCAGCCACUGGGGCCCUCAGGGAGACGGCCUCUUUCCUGCGCACCCUGACCGGUGACUCCCGGAGGAGAGAGACCCAUGACAGUGGAAGCCCCUGCAUGGGUGGCGCUGGGGCAAGGGCCCGGCCCUCUGGUGGUGUCCCAAGUCCCUGGACACCCAGCAGAGAGAUGGGAAAACCUCCUGAGAAUGCCCCACGAGAGCGUCCCUCAGGGCCCCCUCCCCCAGCGCUCAGCACCUGCUGCUCCCUCUCGGCCCUCACGCCCCCAGGCUGGCCUGAGCUGGCCUGGUGCACCCGCUCAGAGACUCCUGGGAGCUGCGGGGCCCGGGGCCCCUUCCCCUCGCUGAGGGCCAAGCCCCGGCUCACGUGGUGUUGCUUGAACCGUAGCCUCCCGCUGCCCAUGGAGCAGAAGGAGGCCACUUCUGUGUACUUGGCAUUGCACUUCCCUGGUGGCAGCUCCCCAGAUGAGGGUCCGGACACCCGGCCGGUGAGCAAGGCGAUGUCUGGAGGACGGACCAGGACAAGCCCCAGCGAAGGACGGCAGGCACACAUGUCAAAGCUCUCCUGCCCAACAGCCCUGGGGACGACAUCCCAGGACCGGGGGUCCGAGCCGGAAUGGAAGAAAGGACCACCUCGGAGGAGGGGGAAGACACCCCACGGGAGCAGCAAGCAAAGGAAACUGAGCGUCAACUCCAGAAGGUACAGAGGGACUUUCUUGCAGAGUCGUGUUCAGCUGAAAGCUGGUAGACUGCGCAAGCCACUCCGGGUGCUGAGAAAAGAUGGUCACCCUCCCUCACUUGAGGGGCUGGACCCUCACAGGACCCUUGGGCAGUCUUCUUCAGAAAUGGCAGGUCGCAAUCUGCACGGGGAGCCACCCUGUGCCACCUCAGACUCGCCUCUUGGUUGUGGGAGCAAAGAGGAGGAAGCAGAGGAGAGCAGACCAACCUCCAGAGGCAUCUCCCCCAGCACAAGUUCAAGGGCUGUCAGAGAGACAGACACACUGACCGUGAAGGGUCUUUCUCCCUCUGCUGAUGAGUGUGGUGACUGUUGUCCUCAGAACGCCGCUGUGGGGUCAGUUAUAUCUCUGCCGUCUGGCUCCCGCAUGACAGUGGCUAGUGAUAGCCUUCUGUCUCGUGGCAAUGGCCUCGAUGUGGGAUUGCUUGAGACACAGCAGCCACCCUCCCAGGAGCAAGUCUCAGCAGACCCCAGAUGGUGCAUUUCCUCAGAUGCCCAAGAGCCUUCUUCCUUUGUGUCCAAAGGAAACUCCCCCCAGCAUGAUGUUGCUGCCUCUGCAGCUGCCAGUUGUACUUCUCUGGGGGCAAGAGCAGGUCACACAACGCUGGAAAUUCACAGUGCAGAGCCCCUGGACCAUGGCCGAACUGCAGGGGAGACCCUGACAGAGAGCUCCCCAGACAGAAAAGCUAUAGCAGAGGGCAUAGCACCGUCACUCUUGCCAAGGAAACCUUCACCUGGGCGAGGAAUAUCUGGUCCAGUUCCACUGAGGUCACCUGGAAAAGCUCACCUUGAAAUACCAGUUUCAGGACCAGGUUCAACUAGUUCACACCCAGAGGAGGGAAGACACAAGACACUUUUUCCUUCUGGGGGGCAAUCUGGGUGUGGGGAAGCGCUCGUCCCCUGCCCUCCUGUAGGAAAUGACAGUGAGAAAUGCCAUGUAUCUGGAUUAAUUGCUCUGAAGGAUUGUGUGGUUCCUUCUAACCCAGGGCAGCCCACGGAAAUCCCAGAAGCCCCUUCGAAAACUAUCAAGAAGAGGAGUUUGGAAGGAAUGAGAAAGCAGACUCGAGUGGAACUCAGUGACACCAGCAGUGAUGAUGAAGACCGACUCGUGAUAGAAAUAUGAGGCCUCCAGAGAAAGAUGGCAUCUACAGUCAAAGACUCUUGUUGCUUCACAGUAAAUGCUGUCAAGCUGGUGGGAGACCUGAACUCUCUUCGUGAAGCACCUAAAGAUUAGGAAGCCAUUUAGGGUUCUUUCUAAGACAUCCUCAACCAACUCCAACCCCCCAACUCAGCCUCACCCUUCCCCAGAUGCCCUGGGGCACAUCUGGCUGGUGUUCACAUGGUGCCAGGCUGGCCAAAGGUGGCAGUGAAGCAAAGGCUCAGAAUGUUUGACACACGGUGACUGUGGCUUGGCUCUCCACAGCCCCCCACUGUCUCAUCCUGUAAAAUGGCAUUAACCAAUAGAACCACAAUUGACACGUUUAUCAGCAACUGAACCAACCCUGUGACCAAGGAGACUGACUGACUUCCUCAUUAGUACACCGAGGGUUUGUGUCACAGGCGGUAAGCGUUUGUGGGACGGUUGGGGUGGCUUGCAAAGGAGAUGGGGUGUGAAUUGGGUACUGAGAUACUUCUGUCCACUCUGGAGACAAAACUCCAGGUUCAUUCAAAACCUGAAGUUUGGUCAGAACAAUUCUCCUCCUUCGUGAAAGUUGUAAAUACACUUCAAAAUGUCUGUGGUCUGGUGAAGUGCUGACUAUCUUUCAAUGUCGCACAAAUGGUCAACGCUUGUGUGUGAUCCAGUGACAGCGCAUGCACUGCUCUUGUGCCCGGUGCCUUUUCUGUUGAGACCUCUGAAGCUCUUGGUUUUUCCAGCUCUUGCAAAGGAACGUUGUGUUAAAAGUUAAUGGCACAGUCUCUGUAAUGAGUCAUUUUUUUUUGAGGGGGAAAAAAUUCACUUAUUUUCCUGUGAUUCUCCUCUGUCAUAUUGUGCUCUGAGCAAUUUCAAUUAGAGGGUUACAUUUUAGUAAUCUCUGCAGCUUAAAUUGAUGCCUGCUCAUCGUGACGGGAGCCUUUUAGAUUUCCUCCAGAAGCUUCAAGGAUACAAAACUAAUUGGAGUUUUGACGCUGUUUUACAUCUCAGUAAUUUUAUUUUGGGGGCUUGGUGUUACUUUGCUGUCAAAUUAAAUCAGCCUCUGUAUUGUGCAAGUCAGAACAGCACCGAUACGAUCCCCCAGCAUUGCAAGCCAGCGGGCCCCGUGCAGAACAAAAUAGCUGCUCCGACAUCAGCUAGCUCAGAGAGCGAAGGCUCACGUGGACUGCGUGCCUCUCUUUCUCCUUCAACUUAGAGGUUUCCACUGCUGCAUUUCAAUAAGAUUUUAUACUUGUUUUUGGUAUGAUUUUGUACAACUCAAAAUUUAUAGCUAUCCAAGCACUUUUGGCUUAACUUGGAUGUAACAAUGUUCAUAGGACAUCUUGUAGUUCAAAGGGAGUGACGCCAAACACGUCCCACAUAGGAACGUACUUUACCACAUUCUUGCCUGUGACCAUGGAUGGUCAAGUGUCAAGUAUGUCCAUAUGAAAUUCCCAACUUUAGGGUUAUUCAUCAAACUCCUCAAGGAGGGACCGGCUUCCCCUGGCGACUUAGCCUGUAUCUGUGGUCAUUUCAUAUGAGCUCAUACAUAGCCACGUGACUUCAUAAGACAAACGUAAGAAGAGAGAAAAGGGAUGGUAGACAUUCACGUUGCGUACUUUUUGAACCAAACGAAGGUGAGGUGGUGAUGGUCAGCCCUUUGAAAUACCCAUGACACCUGGAUAAGACAGGCUGUCUAGGAAAGUGGUCUGAGUCCCGAAGGGAGGGAGAGAGGGUCUGACGUGGUUCUUAACUGGCUGGGGAAUCUCGGUGAAGACACACACUCCCUUUGUGCCUCGGUUUUCCCGACUGAGAAUGAGAGGGUUGGACAAGGUGAGCUGACUCAGUCUCUUCAGGCUCCGAUCCUCAUGAGGAUGGAAUGAGCAGCCCUCUUUUUUCCAUACAAGGGCUUGGUGGCUUGGAGGUGGUCGCCGUGGGGAGGGGUCCUGCCCCCAAGAAGUUUGGGUGGGAAACUGAAGCAAAAAUACAUUUAGCCAAUUAUUGCCAAGAAAGAAUGUGAGCUCAGAGAUGUUUCGUCUAAUUUUUUUCCCCAGAGUUCCAGGUCUGGGGGUGCAGUCAUCCAGUUUAUAAGUGUUGGUUCGUAAUUUAGAAAUUCAAAGCAAAAACAGAACACCACGGUGUGAGUGGAAGACGUGUCUGUAGGCUGAAUUGGCUUGGGGGGCCCUGGUCACGGGAGAAAAUAAUCUUUCUCCUGGGUGGUUGCUGAGCUGUCAACUGGAUGACUGGAUCUAAGUCAGCAAGUCAUAGCUCCAAAUGGCACUGACCCCAGGAUGGUGAUGGAAGCGCUGUCCUUCUAUGAGCCUCCAUUGCUGGCUGCCACCUCCCAACCUAGAUGAAAUACGGCAAGAUGUUGAGUUCACCCCACACUCCCUGUGUCUCUCUUACAAAGGUGAGCAGGUUGGCAAACCAUCUUGUCUCAGCUGGCCAUUGAGCUAGUGGGUGGCAAUGUUUACAAGUGUUCCUUACUUUAUGUCACCAUGGAUUUAUGAAAAGCUAUAUUUCAGUGGCUUAAAACAAAGCAAAAAUGUAUUUUGAAUGACCCUAGAGGAGAUGGCUAUUACAAAUCAUCCUAAGGUAAUUUUGUGUGUGUGUGUGUGUGUGUGAAGAAUCCUUUAUAAAGCAACAAAUGAUCUCUGAUUUUUAUAAAUCUUGAUUUCCUAUGGGUUUUCUUAAAGUGGAAUGCAAUUAUGGGAUACAUUUUAAGGAUAACAUCAGUGACCUAUAACCCAGUCUAGGUUACUGAAAAUAAGAUUUGGUAUUGUCAAUUGAUGACUGCUGCAGUUUUCUCCUCUACAACUGUGUACUGUGGAAUGGUUAAGGGAAAACAAAUCUAUUUUAGAACAGGGCAAACUAGGGUUUCUAGAUCAUGGCUCCCCCUUUCUCCCCAGUGCUGUUAAUUUUAUUGCAUCUUCCGGUAAGGGUCUUAACCACUGGCGCCUCAGCUUCUUCCGUAGAGAAUAGAUCCAAGGAUGCUGGCAUGAGCUAAUGGAAGGGGCACGCUGAAUCCUUUGCUAUUCUCUCGGGUCAAGGUGUGCAAAUGCCAGGACCCGUGUUUAUCUCUCCUGCUGUACCCACACCUGGCCAGAUCUCACUUGUUAGAGAUGCAUGGAAAAAAGAGGUUGACGUCCCCCCUUGGCAACCUAUACUAUUAAGGGACUUUUAAAGCCACGUGGUUUUUGAUGGACAGCCUGAAACCUCCUUCUUGUAAGGCAUGAUGGAGAACAAUUCAUCCAUCCUGUUGGGUAUAACCUUUGAGAUUCUGGAUGAAGCGAAUAUACCUUUAAUUCACAGCCCAGGAGAACCUAUGGCUCAUUUGCCAAGAGAUUUAAAAAAGAAAAAAAGAUGGGAGGGGUGCCUCUGGAUUGUAAUAAAAACCCUGUCGGUAGCAUGAUAACUGGAGGCAAGUUAAACUUUCCUUCCUGAAGCCCCUCCUCUCCAGCUCAGAUGGUGGAAAUAACCUUGCAAAAAUGCGUGGUGACCAAUGGCUCUUGGCAUGAAGGAUGAAUGAAUGAUUUGCAGCCUCAUGCCGAAAAGUGUUUUCUUGCCUUUACAUUCAUUACUUAGAAUGAUCACAUUAACCCUUUUCCCCACCCAGCAUAGAAAUUUGCAUUUUGCACAAAAUUUUCCUGGUGUAGCAGAUUUUUAUAGUUGUGGAAACUGUCAUCAUUAUCAGAAUGUCUGCGGCUCUGCUCCCCAGACGUAAUUUAUUAUAGUAUGGUGAGGUACCAAUGGUUCUUCUGGCCCUACGGCGAUUGGACUUCUCCCACCGCAGCACGCAGGGCUCGUGUGCUUUUGCUCACUUCAGUUGUGAUUCCCAGAGUUCUUGUGAGAAAGACUCUUAGGCUUUUGAAACACUACAUUUCUCAAUACUUAAGCACAAUUACUUGUCCUUAUCUUUCAGAACUCAUUACAUAUAGAUAUCAAGGACCCAGCAAAUCUUGUCUGCUAGAUUUGUACCCUGCACCAUUCUUUUUACCCAUGCCGUGCAGUUAUGUGGGAAUAUACAUAAUUUGAUCUGAAAAAGUACAGGGGCAUGUGAGCAUAUUGCUUCACCAGUGGAAGGAAAGGAGUCAGGGAAAAUAGCAACUCUCUGUCACUUGGAGCUAGAGGGUGACUCAGUAUCUUAUGUAUGCAGUCAACUGUUCAGAACUUACUAGUCUGUGGAUUGUUCAUAGUCAGUGAAGCAACUGCCUUCUUGGUUAUUUGUGGAAACUUAUUUUCUUCUUU